GGGAGGUAUUGAACUCAUGUGUCAUUGAUAUUAUGAACGUGACUGUUGAGGAUCGUUGUGGUGACACUGAGGGUGAUCUUACUAAUGUUAGUAACAUUGGGAAUAACAUUGAUACAAUGUUGGUAAUGCUAACAAUGAGAUUUGUGAUGAAACAAAGGAUGCAUUUUCAGUGUUGGGGGCUGAGCAAGGGGAUGAUUUGGAUAGGCCUGUCCCUUGCCCAGGCUCAGAAGAUUGUGCCUUGAUAAGUGCCCAGCCGUUGGCCUUGCGUAGGACUAGGCAGCUGGCUAGGACUCGUAGUUCCACGCCUCAGGCAGCACUGAAA